AAUCACCUCUUGUUUCACUUCCGGGCACGUCCGAGGGAGGCUUCUGCGCUGGCUGUGCUGCGUGGGGAAGACUCGCGUCUCUUGGGCUGCGCGCACGAGGAGGAUGGAAAGGGAAGAAGCGGCGGCUUCGUGGGGAAAGGAAGAAGGGCGGCCCCGCGGGCUGGGCGGCAGGCCGAGGCCCUGAGUCAGGCCUCGGCGAAGCGCAGGACUGCUGACAUGUUGGCUGCAGAUGAAUUUCUAAAAUCUCCACCAAGGAAAACAGUCAGAUUUGGUGGGACACUGACAGACAUCCUUCUAAAAUACCAAAAGGGUGAGACAACUGAAUUUGAUUUGUUGAAGCAUCAGCUGUUAGAUCCAGACUUAAAAGAUGACCAGAUUAUAAACUGGCUGGGUGAGUUUCGGUCUUCCGUUACACUCUUGACCAAGGAGUUUGAACAACUAGUCAGCAUCUUAUUGAGGGUGCAGUGGCUGAAAAGGAGCCAGGCUGUGGUGGAAGAGUAUUUGGCUUUCCUGAGCAACUUGGUGUCGGCACAGACAAUCUACCUUAGGCCAUGUCUUGCAAUGAUUGUCUCGCACUUUGUACCGCCUCGAAUAACCAUUCAAGAGAACGAUGUGGACAUUUCGGAUUCAGAUGAUGAUGAAAAUGUUACUGAAGGCUUUGACACUUGCCAUAGAGCACUGCAAACAAUUGCAAAAUACGUCCCUUUGACACCGCAGUUUCUCAUGCCGGUGCUCGUUGACAAAUUUCCCUUCGUUAACAAAUCAGAAAGAACCCUGCAGUGCUACGUGCAUAACAUGCUACGAAUCAGCGGAUAUAUCCCAACUCUGAGGCAUGACAUUCUGGAGCUGGUUAUUGAAAGGGUAUUAAAGAUUGAUGUGAGCGCUCCAAGAAAAGAGAUUGAAGCUGCUGAAGAGGAUGAGAGCGAAGGGGCUGCUGAAGAAGGACUCUUUGACAUGGAUGAAGAUGGAGAAAACCCAGACAAGAAUGAGGUGAUGGCUCACCCAGUUGCAGAACGCCUAGACAUCCUGAUGAUUGUCUUGUUUUCAUACGUUAAAGAUAUCUGCCAUGUGAAUGGGAAGCUUGAUAUUGGCAACACCAAGGAUUUGUAUCGGGAUCUGGUGACAGUGUUUGAUAAGCUCAUUUUGCCGACCCAUGGCUCAUGUCACGUGCAGUACAUCAUGUUCUACCUCUCUAGCUUCAAACUGGGAAUUGCAGAAGCCUUUGUGGAGCAUCUUUGGAAAAUGCUUCGUAAUCCAAAUACUCCAGCCGUGAUCAGGCAGGCUGCUGCCAACUACACCGGCAGCUUUUUGGCACGGGCAAAGUUUGUUCCGGUUGUUACAGUGAAAACCUGCCUGGACUUGCUGGUCAACUGGCUGCACGUGUACAUCGACAACCAGGGCACAGGGGCGAAAGCCUUUUGCGACAUCACUCUUCACGGGCCCUUUUAUGCCGCCUGCCAGGCUGCGUUCUACGUGAUCAUCUUUCGUCACAAGCAAAUAGUGGACGGAAACCUAAAGAAAGGUUUGGCCUUCCUGCAGAGCUUAAACCUUGAACGCAUUGUGAUGUGCCAGCUAAACCCCCUGAAGGUCUGCUUGCCUUCCAUUGUGAAUUUUUUUGCUGCCAUUACCAGGAAAUACCAAAUCGCAUUCUGCGACACCAUCAUCGAGAGGAACAGGCGGCAGGUUUUGCCAGUUGUAAGAAGCAGCUGUGGGGGUGACUCUGUUGAGACUUGCACAAACCCCCUUGACAGCUAUUUCCCGUUUGACCCUUAUAUUCUCAAAAGAUCAAAGAACAUAAUCAACCCAUUAUAUCAGUUUUGGGAAGAGGAGUGUUCUGAAGACCUCAUAGAGGCUACAGACUCCAUUAAUGAGUGCAAAGGUGAAGAGGAAGAUGACUUUCUGAAAGGCGAAACUCCUCAAAAUGAUGGCAUUGGUGGAUUGACAUCAGGCUCCUUUGACUCUACACUUCAGAGUUCAGAAAACUGCAUAGGGUCACUGCCAGUUCCAUCGCUAUAGAUGCUGCUGUGACCUUCCAAGAGCAUAUACAAAGUCGUCGGGGCAAUCGUUCUGAUAGAGACCCUUUUGUUUAUUUGCACAGUUCCUAAACCGAUUUCUUGGAACAAUACUGAAAGCAAAACUGAAACAAACAUGUGGAUACUUUCAACUGGGGUGUGUUCACUUCAUUUUGUAAGCUGUAUGAAUUUAACAAUUUCCUUUUGAUUUGCAAUGGCUCAUCUAAUGUAUUAAAUAUAUUAAAGACUAUGAAUCAGA